GUCUCACCAAAGAAGAAGUUCACCAAAAUGGCAGCGCAGCAACAACCCGGUGGACCGAUUCCCCAAGUUGGAAUACAGCAAGCUGCUACACUUCAACAACAGCAGUUGAGUCAACAGCAAGAUUUCGACCCUGUUCAUCGAUUCAAAAUGCUUAUUCCACAAUUAAAAGAGAGCCUCCAGGUACUCCGCGUUUUGUUUACAUGAGCUGGUAACAAUGGCUGAUCAGUCAGUCAGGUCUCUUCACUGCCACACAGAGGGGAAAAGGGGAAUUUUAGACCAACCUUUACUUGGCGAUCCUUCCAGUAAUCCAACAAUGUGUACGCUGCGAUCUGUCUAUUUCAAAUCUUCUCAUUGAUUGAGACAGGUGAGUGUCAUUCAACCAGUGGUUACUUUGGGAGGUGGGGGGUCCUGUUCGGGGCGUACGGGUGGCACUCAGCCAAGGAUGUAGCCAGCUGACUAGCUCAAGAGAACUCGAGCCUUAACCAGCCUUAGAGUUGUCAAUCAGGCAUAUAACAACUGGAUCAAUUAACUACAAUACUGACGCUCAGUUGUAACGUUUAGGAACGUUAAUAAUCCUGCUUGCGAUACGGUUUUGGAAAACCUUUAAACGUAACUUUCACAUCAGCGAGAAAUAAUCUUUCAAAUGCAAAAGAUGAACUUACUGUAGGCAGUUUAGCAAAGUUGCAUGCUGGUUGCACUCCCGGCAGAAAUUAACAACACUGGGCAAACCGAGGUAAGAAACUUACUACCCAGUUAAGCGCCCAGUGACAAGGGGAGGAAGCUAAAAACCCUGGUUUAAAAUGGUCCAACUGGCAAAUUUUUGGUAGAAUAGAAAGCUGUGAACCUACUCUUUUAACAGUGGCAAUUAAACUGCUUUCAAAAGUGUUUUCCCAUGACUGCAUUAAUUAAGAAUGUUGUGCAAUGACUGGCCAUCCAUGUUUUUCCCUCUGUGCCACUCGCAAUUUGAAAGCGCCCAGAGGAAUAUUAUUUUCUCCCAUAUAAUGCGACAAGCUGACCAAUUGAAUAGGUAAACUCUUCUACUAUGGGGUUGUCUGCUGUUGAUUACUCAUGUUGUUGGCUGAGGAAAUAUUCAAUGUGAACAACAACAAUUUUUCAUUAUAUAAUUCAAAAUUAGCAUUACCAAAGGUGCCAGAGCCCCACCUGUCUCUGAUUUGGAUCAUAUGUGCAGGGUCUAGGACCCUGCCCAAUUCAACCACUGCAUUCAAGAUUUCUGAGUCGCAUUCAUGACAUGCAGAACUUUGGGGUGGACACCCACCUGUCUCAAUCAAUGAGAGAAUAUUUUAAAUAGACAAGAUGGCGGCGUACACAUUGUUGGAUUACUUCAUGGAGCAAAACAUUGAUUUAAUAACAGUGCAUUUUUAUGAAUUCAAAUGAAACAUCUGCAACUAGCAAUGCGUUGUCUUGCAUCUCGGGAAUUGAGGAAGUAUCGACAAGUAAAGGUUGGUCAAAUUCUCUGUGCUAUGCUUUACACUACCUCAAUAAUAAUGCCUAUCAGCCAGCUGGAACAGUAGUAAUAGUCUGACUAGGCAAUAUUUUUAAUGACUACCUUUUUAAGUUGAACUGCAAAUAGUGGUCAGAGACAGAGAAUAGGGGGAUAAUGCUUUUUAAUGGAAUAUAAUAUGUUUGCAUAGUAACAAAAUAUUAUGCAUAUAGCUAUGUACAGGUAUUGCAAAAUGUAGCUAAACCGAAUAUAGGCUAACUAAGCAUUAUUUUCUGUCUAGAAUGUCAUGAAGAUUGCCUCUUUAAAUUUGGGACAUAAUACAUCAAUUGACAAUGGCAUGUAAGUACCCUUUUUCCCCAAACUCUAAAUGGCACAUACAGUUUAUAAGUGUGUAUUUUCUGGAGCUGGAGAUGCACAACUUUCCUAAUGCCUUUGUGUUUCAGAAAGAGCAGUGAUGCCAGUGUACAGCGGUUUGACAAGAGUCUGGAAGAGUUUUAUGCCCUGUGCGAUCAGCUGGAACUCUGCUUAGUAAGGCACACACACACAAAAUGAAAUUGUUCACCACCUCUUAUUACUACACAAAUGUCUUAUUUCUAUUUGGCUUUUAGAGUGCAGAGCAUAAUUCACCAUAACAUACAGUAUAGUUUAUAAAUCGAUAAAGCUGGCAGCCUGGUCAUCCGCUCACUAUUACUCCUCUUUUCUUCCCCCAUAGCGGCUUGCCUACGAGUGUUUAUCCCAGAGCAUUGACAGUGCCAAACACUCUCCUAACCUGGUCCCAACAGCCACCAAGCCUGACACCGUACAGACAGAGUCCCUGUCCUACUCACAGUACCUCAGCAUGAUCAAGUCACAGAUCUCCUGCGCCAAAGACAUUCACAACGCUUUAUUGGAGUGCUCCAAGAAAAUCGCAGGAAAGGGCCAGCCACAAGGAAUCCUGUAGAAAUGGGCAUUUCAUUAUACUAUCACAUGGUUGUUCCUUUUUCUAAAGUUAUUUGUAUUUUUUUUUGUAAUGAUUGAUAAGGACAUACAAAGUUGAUUCACUGUUUAACGGAUGCCCCUCUUCACUUUUCUUCCACCCCAAAAUCUGAAAAGUAGCAAAAAUAAUGUCCUCAAGCAUCAAGUAAUGAGAUACACAACUUCCUCAUAUUAUGGAAAACAAACUGUGCCUCAGACCCGGCCAAUCAUGUUUUCAACAACGCUAUCCCACGUUUGACAACAAUGGGGUCUUGACGAAGUCACUAGGCGUUGAACUAAAGUUGCUAUAGUUGUAAGUGAGGACUUGGUGGACUGUACAUUCUUUAGGUUAGGUUUUACUUUGUGUUCGGUCCCGUGUACUGUUAAGGGCACAGAUGACAGACCGGUAGGAUUCCAGUUGAGGUGGUUUAAUAAUGCUGAACAUGCACAGGCACGGAACAGCACCGCACUGUGUAUGUAGUAUGGAUGGGCUAAGGCACUUAGUGGUCUGGCAACUUGCUUCAACCAAAGUGUGUGUGUAUAUAUCAACAAGGACGCACACUGGCCU